UCCCAAAAAAGGCAGUCCACGACUUGUCCACUUACGAUGCCGAUUCAACUCCAGGAUUUUGAAUUCGAGCGGGUCCUCGACGAAAAUCCGUACUUCCGUUGCCUAAACGUCCUGGGUACUUUACCAGCGUCAUCAGUAUCCUCAAGUAACGUAUCGUUACCUGGGUCUACCUCCAGUGGUCGCCUCCUAGCUAUCCUCCGGUUGGAGAGAACGCCAUUUCCGCUUACUCUCCCUCAAGAAUUUUCAUCUGGGGUUCUCGAAAAUACCAAGUGCUUCGCAAGCACUGAUAUAUAUACCCUGAUAAACGGAUGGUUGAAGCGCAGAGAUGACCUACCUGAUCUCAGGAUCAACGUAAUUUGUCCCGCUACCGACGUUCAUAUUCGGAAGUACUCGAAGCAGGACGUCUUGAUGGUACACGAAACUCCAGCUUUGUACGAAACAGUGGUUAAACCCUACAUCGAGGCAUUCCCACCUUCGAGGACGCAAUGGGUGCGAAAUAUCCUUGAUGGCAUUUCAGAAUCCGAAAGCUUGCUCCACUCGACCGACGAGUUUCUGAUUUUACCUGACAUGAAAUGGGAUCCUACUACGUCUCCACUGACAGCUCUAUAUUUGCUCGCACUCGUCAGAGAUCCAUCCAUACGAUCUAUGCGCGACCUCCGUGGAGGUGACGGUGGUCAUUUGCCGCUCCUAAAAGCCAUUAGGGACGCUGCUCAUUCCGUCGUCGAGCGAAAAUACGGACUCGAGAGAGGAAGUGUGAGAUUGUACGUCCAUUACCAGCCUUCUUACUACCACUUCCACGUGCAUAUUGUGCAUGCAUCGCAAAGCGGAAUAAUGGGCAUGACGGUGGGGCAGGCACAUCUCUUGGAUGAUAUCAUCUCAUUGCUCACUGUGGCCCCAGAUAUACUGUCCUCCGUCACACUGACAUACGGACUGGGUUCUCAACACGGGCUUUAUGAACCGAUGGUCGCAGCCCAGGGCAACGUCGCUUAGAAAUAGAUGUAUUAUGGGUACCGCUGCACACGUAGACAUUGAAGAACAGAACAAACAUGCCGUCGAUGACUUGCUUGUUUGAACGAACUGGACAUUUGCUGCAAGUUCCCGAG